AAUAUUAGGUAAUUUCGUAACUUUUAUUUAAUGAAAGAAAAAAUAUUUUUUUGUACACUACUAAUUAAUUUGAUAGUUAGUUUAAUAAAAAACAUAAGUAUGGACCAACUUAUUUUUCUAACAAUUCUAAGAAUCAUUCUCGUAAUGACACGUGAAUACGAAAAUAUAUUUUAAUGCUCCAGAAUUAAUAUACAGGGUAUUUACAUAAACGUCAAUUAUUGAAUAACACACCAUCGCAUAAACAAACUUUAAAAGUAGCCCCACUAGUUUACAUUAAAUUGCUGACGAACAAAAUAAGUUAACAAGUUGCUUACCCAUUCAAUUAUUGAAGGAUAUGAACUAAAUAAUAUUAUUUAACUAGAGGGGUGUCCGCGCGAAAUUAUUUUAUUGUUCUUAAAUAUGAAUUUAUGAUGAUGUAAUUAUGUGGUCAGUUUUAUUUGUGAAGAGCAUUAUUUGAUGUUUUAUUAUGUUAUGUAGUAGUAGAUAAUAAGUUAAUAUAUUAUGUGUUUGUCUUUUAAUAAUGUGUUGUUGUAUGUAUAAUACUAUUUGUUAGUGGUGAAGUGAGUUUCAGAUGAAAAACAUAUUGAGUUUCAAUAUCUUUGUUUUUAUGCAUUUGUUGAUUCUAAGAUUAACGGCGUCAAAAGUAUUUUUAAUUUUUCACAUUUUUGAACAUUGCUCUUUUUGAAUUUGUCUGAAGUGAGUUUCAGAUGAAAAACAUAUUGAAUUUCAAUAUCUUUGUCUUUAUGCAUUUGUUGAUUCUAAGAUUAACGGUGUCAAAAUUAUUUUUAAUUUUUCACAUUUUUGAACAUUGCUCUUUUUGAAUUUGUCUGAAUUUCAUGGAUAACCAAUGUUGACUGGAAAAGCCUACAACGUUGUGAGAAACAACCACACAACUGAGAAUUCAUAAAGUCGAUUUACAACUAAUUCCGUAUAAUCUCACCGACUAAGAUGGCGAGGAAGAACGAGAGCAGGAAGUGAGUUUUUGUCCAGUGAUGGUGACCGCACACUAGAAAAGUAAACGAAAAACAGAGAUGGUGACGGCUCAAGGUCAAAAUAUAUGGAGAGGGGAAAAAACAUCUUAAAAGUUAUAAUGUUCAAAAAUAUGAAAAAAAAUAAAAUACAAUUUUGACGUUGAAACCAUUUAUCUUAAAAUUGACAAAUGCCUAAAUGUAAAGUUAUUGAAAUUCAAUAUGCUUUUACAUUAUAUGUUAAAUUCACUACUAACAAGUACUAUACAUUCAACAACACAUUACUGAAGAAAAAAAACACAAAAUAUAUUAACUUAUCACCAACUACUACAUAACACACUAAAAACACUAAAUAAUGCUCUUAACAAAUAAAAACAACCACAAAGUUACAUUAUCCAAAAGUCAUACUCUUAAUAACAAUAAAAUAAAAUAAUUGUGGAUUAUCUAAUCCUUUUUGCACUAACUAUUAUUAUAUGAAGUUUGAUAAUAGAUUUUAUUGUUCACUAAAAUUCAAGAUGAAUAAAGACAUAAAUAAAAUAAUAGAAAUAUAUUUUAAAUAUUCAAUUUUUUUGUCAUAAUUUUAAAUAUUCAAUUUAUUCACAACUAAUGAUAACUUAUCAUAAAAUUUUAUUAUUUUAUUAUUUUUACUAUUUUUUAUUAUUAUUUACAAAUUAUAUAUUUAUUUUAUUCUAGAGUGAAUUUACUCAGUAAACUUAUUGACAUAAAAUAUAAAUUAUAGGUAUUGUGAUAUUGUAACCAAUAAUUGCUAGGUUUUGGACGAAACAAAUACAAAAAACCAUAUUGAUAUAUCAUAUUAUAUUAUUAACCAUUCAUUCUUCGGUUUGCAUUAUAUUUACAUUUGACUUAUUUAAAAAAUAAUAUUAUUUAAAUAUGAUUUCAAUCUAAUAAUAUCAGCAUUACAAAACGACAAAUUUAGUGAAUUUCUAAUUGUAACAUUUAUUUUUUUUUUUGGUAGGAUUGUAACAUUUAUUGAUAGUGUACUAUACCACCUUUAAUAAAAAUGGCAUUAAAAUGGCAAAAUGACACACAUAAAAAUAAAAUAAAAACUUUUUUCAAGAAAAAUAAUUAUCCGCAGACACCCCCCUAGUAUAGUAUAUAAUGGGAUUUCUGUUUCAUGAUGUGCAAGUUAUAGAGUGUCAUGUGUCCAACUAUGAUAUAUAAUUACUGCUAAAGCAUUAUUCAUUUUUCACUUUUCAGAUGUAUCAUUGAAUUCAGAAAAGGAUAGCCAUAGGCCUUUCCGGGAUCCUUGCUACCUUAGUAAACAAAAUUGAUCAAUAUUCAGAAUUGUCACUGUAUGAGAAACUCGGGAACACACCCAUAGCGGAAGGAAUCUCUGGUAAAGCCCACGUUUGGACUGUUAAUGGACACUCAAACAAAAUUUGGUUUUAUGUUUUCUCUGUUGCUCAUAUACUAGAAGCCGCACCCGAACCCGACCCGAAAAACCUGAACCAAAACCCGAACCGAAAUAUCUAUUAAUCAUUUAUUCUAUUAAAAACAGUUAAGUUAAAGGGAUAUUUUUAAAUACAAAAACUUGAGCAAUGAAGAAUUUGAUUUGUUUUUCUUUUUAAAAUCUAAAUAUCCGAAUCCGGUCCGAAAUAACCAAACCCUAACUAAAAGUACCUGAACCCAAUCUGAAGUAUAGAAAUAUCCGAACGAAUUUUAUACAUCUAUACUAAAAUAUUCGAAAAUCCGAAAUACCCGAUCCAAACCUGAAUGAGUACCCGAACGCCCACCCCUACUCAGAUCUCUCCUUUCUCUCAAAAUUGCAUUUUCAUGUAAUUUGGAUUCAUCUAAUGUGCUUUUGGUUUACGAUAUUUUCAGCUGUGAAUCGCCGUCUUCCUCACAUUGCCUGCUCCCUAGGAACUGAUCAGGAAGAUGACCUUUCUUCAGGUGAAUGCUUCUUCAGGAGAUGAGACUCUCUACAUCGUAGUAUGAACUGUGAUCUUAAUUGUGAUGAUAAUGUUUUAUGUGUGGUAUGUUAGUACAGAGAAGGAGAGCAGAGAUCUUCUACCACACAAGGGUGAAGAUGAAGUCCUGAGAGAUAAAGAAGAGACAAACAAAACUUUCUUCACGACUGUUGCCUUGUGUAUAAGCACUGCCGUGGUGAGCUAUUUACUGUGAGGUCAAAAAGACUCUGAUUAGUUACUUCAUAUUAGAUGUCCUGUGUUACUUGAUCUUAUGUUUAGGCAUGACUCUCUGUUUCCUUUUGCAGAGACAUGAGAGUUUUGAUUCCUAAACAAAAUGCGACAGGGAAACUAUUGGAGACUAACACAAGCCAUUAACUAAACGAAGUAAUGUUUCCCUUUAGACACGAAUUCAUACAAGAAGAAGAACAAGCAGAGGCCACACAAGAGACAACGCUGCGGGAAUUGAAGAUGGUUUUCAUCAUCAGAAUAACCAACACCGUCAGUUUGAGAUGGCAGUGGAAGAAGAGAAAUGCGGUGGUAAUCAACACCGUCAGCUUGAGGCUGGAGAUAUAUGUUCUGGUGUCACCAACUUAGUUCUUUUUACUUGUUUCCUGUUUGUAAAGAAUAAACUUGUUUGUUUUGUUUGAUUGGAACAUAUCACAAACUACUUUGAUCUGUUAUGUUUUGAAUGAAAAGGUUUAUGUCAAGGCGAAAGAACUUAUUAUGUCACGGACUUGAUGAUGCUUUGUGUCUAUAUAAAGUUUGUAAACACCAAAGUUUUAUUCACAACACCAUUCACUCUUCUUCUUUCUUUUUAUGAAAAUCUAAAAACACUUUGAUCAAACACCAUAUAUGGUUUCUUCUUCUGAAAACACUUAAGAGGAAUCAAUUAAUGAUACAUUUGAUCAAUAUUUUGAUCAACACUUUGAUCAAACCUUUGAGAAUUUUACCAUUCAUUAUGGUGAUCAAGAAGAAGAAAGAAAAAAAAUUUAAAAAAACGAGCUUAUAUCGAAAGAAAUCGUGUAGAAGACCAUGUACGUUUAUGAAAUAAUUAUUGUUAAUAUGUUUUAUUUAAUAAAUAAUUUUUAUCUUUAAAACAAUGUUUAAUAUUUUUUUCUAAGAAAUCUUAAUUAAGAAAUUUUAUUUUUCAAAUUAUUAUCGUUUAUUUUACUAAUCUUUGUUUAUAUUUUAUUUUAAAAUCUAUGUUUAAAAUGUUAUUUUAAUAAUGUUUUAAUAAGAAAAAUAAAAAAAUAAUAAGUUUAAUAUUUAAGUUUAAAUUUUUUGUUAAAAACUCUUAAUUAAGAGACUUGCAUUGGAAUACCUAAAUUUUCGGGUUUUUUAAUUCACUUUUGCAUUAAAAGUAUUAAAAAAAAAAGACUCAUUUAGGGUAUGUGGGAUAAUGAUGCUCUAAUUGAUGGAUAUAAGGGCAAACCACCCAUGUCCGAGAAAAAUAAGUAAAACCCUAAUCCCAUUGAAACAGAGAAAGAGGAGAAUGGUUUUCUUGCCAGAUGAUCUCUGUGCAACAAUAUUAUCAAGACUACCGAUAAAAGUCUUCACAAGUUUUAAACUGGUUUGCAAGCAAUGGAACUCAGUGGUUGAGUCUCCGAUUUUCCGCGAUCUUUUCAUGUCUCAACACCAGAACACUCAAUCUUCUUCAUGGUCGCUCAUUAAAGGUGCAUCUAAUAGGACAGAGUUCUUGGCUCACUACAGAUGCAAAACUUGGGGACUUGAACGGUCUCUAGAGUCUUACAUCUCCUCUUUCAUUAGCCACAAGUUCGAGAACCAGAGAGGAAAGUACCGACGAGGCAGCGUCGUGGCUUACAGCGAUGCAGGGUUUGUUUUGAUCGACGUAUCGUCUUACAGAUAUUCUGGGUCGACUUUCGAGAAACGAUCCUUGUGCGUGGCUAAUCCAGUUUCACAGGAAUGCAUUGAAAUCGAUGUUCCUAAAGCGUUUGAAAAUAGUGGAAUUUUCUGGCCUUUUGGAAUCGCCACGCGAACUGAUAACGGCGUCGUUAUAAGUUAUAAAAUUGUUGCAUAUUCAUCUAAGAGCGAUGUUGGGUACUUAGUAUAUUCAUCUGAGACAGGUUUGUGGAGUUCUCUCCCUUAUAAUUUUGAGAGCUGUGAGUGUAACUAUACAAUUAGCUUGAACGGGAAUCUUCACUGGCUAUCCCACAGUAAUGAUGAACUUGUAUCCAUGGAUUUCAACGCCACUACAUUGGAAUCUGGUCCGUUCCGUUACACGGCUUUCCCUGAUUUAGAAAAACGUGUCAAAUUCAAAAGAGCUUGCACAACUUAUCAAGGAAGUCUCAUGUAUAUGAACAUAGUCUCCCAAGACAAUGAUGAUGGAAGUGUAGACCAUAAGUUAUGUGUAUGGCGGCUAGAGAGCUGGGAGUGGCAACUAAUAUCUGAAAUCUCUACGGAUUUGACUGAGACCUACUUCGAUUAUUUUCCGUUGAGAGUUGACUCUCUUGAUGCUACAACAGCCUACUUUCUUAGCCAGAAGCACCAACGUCUUAUAGCUUUUAACUUACGCAAUGGUGCGUGUUUGCUCCGUGCGUGUUUGCUCCACAGCGGUGGGCCCAUUCUGAGAUUUCUUCACCACCCGAAUGGAUCUUAUUUUUACUCAUUCGUUCUCCCACAAUGGCUGUAUCGGUUACCCAGGCAGCACGGUGAGAAGAGUGUAGACAUUAUUUAAGAGCCUGAAUAAUUGUUUCCUAAGGUUUUUUUUAAUUAUUAUUACUGUUAGUUCUUUAUAUCAGAAGUUGUAAGAUGGUGCUUUUUUUAGUGUUUGGUUUGAAUGCAUAAAUAUUGGAAGAAAAUGGGUGGAGCAUAUAUAUAUUGUAAGUCUGAUUUCUUGAUUCGUGGAAGAUAAAACAUAUGAACCUUACACUUUUAUCCUUAGUUCGUAUAAAGAUAACAAAAUAUAAUUGAGACAGAGCACAUGCAAGGUAAGAUCAAAGUUGGCUUGCAGACGAGUGGAGGGAGCUAUACAAAGAUUUUUAGGAAAAACAAAAAAAAAACAGACCAAGUAAACAUCUAUUAGUCAACAAAGCAUUUUCAUUCCACUUCGCUCAACUCAUUAAUCCAAAUUUUCAAUUCCAACAAUUCACCUUGCAAUAAACUGCUAGGGAUCAACAUGACGUUCCCUUUUGGGAUUUGAUAGCUCAUAUGAAGAAUCCUUUUCACCUGUGGUGAUUUGUAAAUCACUUGAAUAGUUCUGCAUCUUGCUUCUGUCAUGCAGUUGAAAAUUAAGUAAAUCGAUGUCAAGAACUGAUAGGAUGACGUGGAAGGACUAGAGCUAAGGGAAGACUCUAGAUGGGCGAGAGGUUUUGCCGUUAGAUCUCUGAAACAGGAAGAAGACGGGAGUAUGUAUAAAAGGGGAGCCUGAGAGAUGUUUAGGAUCAUGCUUGAAGUUGUAAUUGGUUAGACGUAUGAGUCUAGACCCUAUCGAUAUGAGAUCGGUGAUUCAAGAUGUGCUUGCUAUGAGAGUGUAGAUUGAGUCAAGCCUCACCUCUCUGGUGUACAGUGCUUCUCACUAUCACUGGGAAAAAACUCAUCUAUGUGCUAUUGUUUUUCCUCACAUUCUUUUUCUGUAAGAUUAUAUGGUAUCUGUUAUAGAUCAUACAUAUUAGUUCCAUGUUGUGCAUCUGUUUUUUACGGGGUUGUAUGUUAUUUCGGUGAAUAUUGGUCUUCUUUUUCCCUAGGUUUUUGGUUAAAGUUAGAAACUAUAUCUCGUUGAGUUGGGUUAGAGUUUAGUUGUCAUUGAUGUCGUUUUCUUCGUCGCUGGUUUGCGGUCAAUAGUCUCUGCUUGUCUUGGUUUUCAAGAUCUCGUUUUUGGUGAUUUGACUUCUAUGCUUUUUUUCAUAGCGUUCGAGGAUGGCUCAACGGUUUGGUUUGUUGAUUUCAUUUUGUCUCUUUUUAUCUCUUUGUUCUCUCAUCUCGUUGCACCUUUCAUCGCUGAUCACGUCUCUUGUGGCUCUCCCUUUCCCCAUAUUUGCUACUCCAGGUUUAGAUAGUGUUUUUCUUUAUGUAUGCUUUGUGCGCUUGGAAGGUUGUUUAUGGUCUCAAGCUUAAGCUUUGGUUUCUCGGGGGUUGGUUUUCAUUCUCCCCCACUCAGGUUGUAUAUCUUCUUCUCAUGCAUCCCUGUGUGUGCAGAAUUAGUCUUUAGGAGCUUUGGUUUCUUCUAUUCAGAGUUUUGUGGUUCUUCGCUGGCAUGAGCACCUUGUAUGUGCUUGUUUAGUUUGUUAGAUGUUUUUUUAUCUCUUAGCUGGUGGUUGUGCUUUUGGUGCUUUAGACAUGUAUCUUUUUGUUUCGUGGUGACUUUGUUCUUCCGAUGAUUAUUUUAUCUUUUUAUUUGUUUUCUCACGUCUGCUUGUUCUAGCCAAGACAUUCUAUGGUAAGAUGAGAUAGAUUAGUCUUUUUUGUUGAUCUUUUUUCAGCUCCAAACCUUUAUUGAGUUAGUAUUACUAUGUUAUUUUGUUUUUUUCUCUCUCGUUGUGGAAGUUUUAUGUUUAGAUUACAUAUUGCAGUCUAAUUUUUUCUUAUUAGUUUGGUCAUUUUAUAUUUUUAAUAGUUAAAUAAAUAUAUAAUUUGUAAAUUAAAUAA